CUUGUGACAUACAUUGCUUAACAAGCGAGAUGAAUGACGGCAGUGGUGUUCUGGCGGUUACCCGUCAACCAGUGGUGGUUGUUUCUCCCAGUGCAGCCUACUCAACUCCGGCCAUGGGAAUCCCCACACCGUCCCCAUUCUCGUUCUCAGUUGCGUCUACAAGAUGGAGUUCGUCUAGACCUUAUAAUCAUGUUUUUGGUCUUGUUCUUCGCGCUAUGAUGAUGGCGUUUUCCUUUGGUUCUUCUUUAGCACUCGCGGUCACCAUGUCGAAUAACAAUCAACAAGACCAUGAUAAGCAGGGAUUCCAACACCACCCGGAACUUGUCUACAGCUUGGUAAUCACUACCGCCGUUUUCGUCUACUCUGUAUAUCAACUCUUCAAAGGCAUUUUUGACAUCGCCUUUAAAGGCGAGUUCAUAUCUGAUAAGACCUCAGACUACACAAGCUUCGUUCUCGAUCAGUUGGCAGGCUACCUCCUUGUGACAGGCUCUGCGGUGACAGCUGUAAUGAUCAAUCAAGAGGCGUUAUCAGGAAAUACAUCACUCAAGAGAGCUGCAACAGCUUCUGUUUGCCUGUCAGUUGCUGCAUUCUUGACGACUGCAGUUUGUGCGAUUCUAUCGGGAUACAAGCUGAGCAAAAGAGUCAUGUGGUGAUGCAAUGACGUUCGUUGUAUUUUUUUAUCUUUUUUUUCUUGGUUCUGUGUGUUACUUCAUGUUCAUAACCUCGGCAGACUCAAAUGUGUGUACAUGAAGGCUUGAACUCAAAUGUAGCGACCACUGACCUGUAUGAACUUGGUCAAAAACA